CAGAGUCCCAUCAUCGGCAGGGCCGCUGUGUUCCUUUCUUUGCAAUUCUGUCCAUUCUCUUCUACACUCUUUGUGCUGGGCGCAUUUCGUAGUAUCAAUUUAUUAGUCGCUCCUUGGCGCCUUUCCUAUUAUCUAGUAACGAUCGCUGAGAGCCCUAGUGGCUGCUUGCUACGGUUAUAAUGACUUUACGAUUCUCAUGCGCUCUGGCUCUGUUGAGCCAAGGGCUCAGCGUUCUUGGGCAAACCACCCAAGCCCAGUUCAAUCAGGUCAUCAACCUGAACGGUGAUAUGAACCUGAACUCGGUGCAGUUCCCGGACGGCAGUCGGAUCGAGACGUUCUCCCAGACGCAGCGCCAGCUGCUUGUCAACCAAAAUACAGCGCCUCUUCCGGGCAACCAGGUGACGGGAACAACCGGUAAUCCUUUCGUGCAAUUAACUCCGAACUCGUUGGUCAUCCAAACCAAUGGAGCAACCGAUCUCGUUGGUGGCCAGAUUGAGCUACCCAUCAACACCCAGACCCUACAGCAGAUGGGAGUCACCCCGGACAAUACCUUCGUGGCCAAAUUGUCCGCUGAUCGCCAGUCGUGGAUGGUCAUGGACACCAUCAAGACGGUGAACAACACUGACAGCACCGUGCGCAUUGUGAAGUUGAACAACAUCGACGGAGAGUACAUCGCUCUCGGCCGACAGACUGCCGUCACAGGCGUUGCGUUGACCCAAUUUGGCACUGGACCGACUAACCAAGUCAACAUCACUGGCUCUGGCAUCCAGGAGAAUGAAUUCACUGACGGCUUCCGAAUGUCUAUAAGAGCCUCGCAGCCGAUGAUCGCCACGCUGAACGUCAAGAACGGUAUUUCGACUACCAUGCUUACUGCCUUGGGUACAGGCACUCAAUCAGUUAACAACUUCCGUUACCUCGUGACAACAAACCUGGGCGGCGUCGUGACUAACCUGAACCGCAUGGCCGCUGUUGUACAACUCCCAAUCAAUGCCGUCCGUCUCCAGACGGUUGCAACGGCAAUGGGUGCUACAGCACAGUCAAACGUUCGCUUGAGCGUUGCACAGCGUGGUAUUCUUGCCAACCCUGGUGGCGCUACCGCCCUCCAACCAGCAUCGCCUCUGCAACGAAAGCGACAAGAGCCUUCCUCUGUCCAGCCGGGUACCAGCGCUGAGACCAAUGGUGCUAGCCAGAACAAUACUUCGAAUGGUCAACUCACCACUGGAAGUUCAACCACAGGCCAGACAAACGGCAACACGGGAAAUGCUGGAACGGGCACGCUGAACCCUGCUGCUGCCACUCUGCUGCUCUCGCCAACAUUUACCCCGAUCCAGAACAAUGCCGUUCUUGAUACGAUGAAUGCUCGCCUCGCUAUUCCUGUUACUCAAAUCGAUGGCGAGUACAUCCUCACCGUCAACAUGGCCAGUGGCCAAGCUGCCCCCGCGGCCCCUCAGGCCGGAUCAAGCACACAGCUUACCGUGCCCCAGGCCGGGACAAGCACACAACUCACUGUGCCUCAAGCAUCUACGGCACUCUCCUCAGCAUCCUCGGAAUCCUCGAGUUCGUCGACUACGUCGGCGGGCGAGACGUCGACGUCAUUGACAGCAGCUGCGGCUGCUAGCACAUCUCUGAAACCAACUGGAGAGAGUUCGACUUCCUCUGAAUCUAAGACGUCGACUUCAGCGGCGGCAGCGGCCGAGACUAGUGCAACAUCUCAGAAGGCCGCAACGACAGGCUCUGGAUUUGUCUUCAGGAGACAGUUGCCACCUCUGCCACAGUCUCAAGCGGAUGGAAGCGUGAUCGUAUCGAUGGAAUGGAUCAAUUACAUGGCGGAUAUUCAACAAAAGGGCGGUGCAGUCGACGUGGGAGCCAUGAUGCAACAGGUAUCACCAGGCAUUGCGUCGGCCACCUCACCGGCACCUGCGAGUGCUAGCAGCGGUACUAGCGUAUCAGGGCUCAUUGCUGGCCUCAAGGCUAGGAGAUUUCAAGCAUGAGGCGAUCUUCUUUUGUUGUCAUCUAUAAAUGUAGUUCAGCUGCUACUUCUGACGCUGUGUCUUGUGCCGGCGGCAAAAUGCCAUCAGGCCGCGGCCAUUCACUGGCUCUGGCCUAGGAGUACCUUCAGCUAAGAGAGUAGCAGCACCCAUAAAACAGUUAAAG